UUGGCCAUGUUUAUUUAUUUUAAUUUAUUAUUCGAUUUCAUUUACCUAUCUUGAAUCUGUUGGUGAAAGUUUAUGUUAUUGAUGAAGUAAUGUUAUGUGUUAGUUGAAUUGGAUAAUGUUUUUGCAUUUUAAAAUGAUCAUAAAUAAAUUUGUUGUUCAAAAUUAUAGUGACCUUAUAUUGUUGGUUUGACUUCAAUUUCUAGGUAAGCAUAUGAGUAGUGAGCCAUUUUUUUUUCUGUCGGAAAACAUGGCCGCUUUGAUUUUGUUCCCUAAUGUCAUCUCUGACCGUCGAAUUUGUUUGAUCACUUUCAAGAUAUAUUCAUCGACUUUGAGAUAAUCCUUUAAUUGUAAUUUAUGACUUAUGUUAUUUGUUGCUCAAAUUUAUCGUAAAAUGUUAUUGAUCGAAAUGUCAGUAGGUUAGGCUUAGUAUAUAUGAUUGUUGGUGCUGUAUCUGUAAUGCUUGUGUUGUUGUUGGAAAUUUGUGGGUGUAGUUGGCAUUUAGAGGCUGUAAGGUUGUGGGAAAAGGCUUGGAUUGCUUAAAAUAUGGGAAACAAAGGUUGUCUGUGCCAAAAGUUUGGAAUCUAUUUUCAUUGAUCACAGGAUACGGUGGUAGAAGACAGCGAAGAUAAUAAUGGCAUCAACCAGCAAGUUUGGCGAGGAGCCGCAUAUGUGGAAUGAUCCAGUUGGAGAUUACUGGAUGGAUGGAAAUAUUGGUGUUUCGAAUCAAUAGGAUACAAUGUUUGAUACGGGAGUAGAGGCAGACCGUGACUUAUCCGACUGGGAAGCCAGUGGGGCUUCAACUGUGCUGGGUUUUUUGGGUUUGGAAGGGUUGCAAGCCGAGCAUAUCCUUGAAAUGGAAUUUUCUACACCUGAGAAGGCAAGCAACUUCUAUAACAACUACAGCCGACUAAAGGGCUUUUCCUCAAGGCGCGGUAAGAUAGUUAGAAACACUUUCGAUGAGAUUGUGAGGUACACGUUCGUUUGUAACAGGCAAGGGUUUCGAGAGAAGAAGUGGUUGGAAAAGGUUGAUCGCAAAAGGGAGCAUAAGGUUGUAACCCAAUGCGGAUGUCUUGCAAAGAUGAGGAUAAAGCGGGAAGACGGUAGUGGGAAGUGGUACGUGUCUCGUUUCGUCGAGGAGUAUAAUCAUGAACUAGCGUUCGACAAGCUUGUGGAUUAUCUACGCUCACACAGGAAGAUAUCUGAGGUAGAAGUUGCUCAUCUAACAAGCAUGAGGGAGAUUGGGAUUAGCAUUCCAAAGAUUUAUGAGUCAUUUGCAGCACAACUUGGGGGUUUCAACUUGGUUACAUUUACGAAGCAAGAUAUGUAUAACGAGGUGCGGAAGCAGCGAGGGCUCCAGGGUGGGGACGUAAAUGCAACUAUAAGGUACUUGGAAGGUCUGGCACGUACGGAUGGGAGAAUGUUUUGGAGGUAUAAGGUGGGGGCAGGACAACACCUGUGCAACUUGUUUUGGAGCGACGGUUGUUGUCAUGAAUAUUAUUCCGUGUUUGGCGAUGUGCUAGCAUUUGAUGCUAUGUACGGCCGUAACAAAUAUAACCUCCCUGUUGUUGUGUUCUCCGGAGUAAACCACCACAACCAGACCUGCGUUUUUGGAACGGCCAUGGUUUCAUGCGAGUCACAUGAAUCUUACAUUUGGAUCCUUUAGCAAUUUUUGGAAUGCAUGCAAGGAAAGGCACCGCAAUCUGUUAUCACCGAUGGUGACCCAGCCAUGCGAUUGGCGAUUCAGUCGGUUUUUCCCGAGACGCAUCAUCGGUUAUGCACUUGGCACCUUUAAAGAAAUGCAACAUCGAACAUCUGUGACCCGAGAUUCACACAACUGUUUCGACACUGCAUGUUGGCUGAUAUGGAAAUUGAUGAGUUUGAAGUGCAUUGGGCCUCCAUGAUACAUGAGUGUGGUGUUGGCGAGGUUGAAUGGGUGAAGGACUUGUACGCGAAAAAGUAUGCAUGGGCAACAACAUACAUUAGAGGUAGAUUUUUUGCUGGGGUACAAACAACUUCUAGGUGCGAAUCACUCCACGCCAAACUCGGGAGGUUUGUUGAGAGCAUGUAUGGUGUGUUGGAAUUUGUUACAAAUUUUCAGAGGUGUGUCGAUUUUCUUCGGGACAACGAGGAUGAGCUAGAAUUUUGCUCUUAGUAUGGUACACCUGUUUUACAAACCGAGUUUGUUGAGUUGGAAAAGUCAGGGUGGACCAAGUUCACUCGUGAGAUGUUGGUAGAUUUCGAAAAAUCCUGAAACGUUGUGUCCGUGUGAGAAUAUCUGAAAUCAACGAAAUAGUGCACCCACAUGUAUACACUAUCCAAAAGUACCGGAUGCCUAACAUGACCUGGCAGGUCCGUAGGGAGCCUAUUUCCAAUAGCUUUAAUUGCACAUGUAUGCGGAUGGAGUCGUUUGGUAUUCCAUGUGUGCACAUUGUGGCUGUGUGUGUUAGGCUAGACUUAGGAGAACUUCCUGAAAGCCUAGUCUUGCGUAGGUGGUCCAAGACAGCGAAGAUACAUCCCGAAAAUGAAAAUAUUGAGCACUACAUUGCUGACCGAAGCGUGACAUAUAGAACAAGGUUGGGAGCGUUCUCACAGCUGUGCAAGCGGUUAGCCCGGGUGGCUUGCAUGAGUGAUGAUGACUUUAAGGUUUACUCGAACAAGCUUUUAUCCGAUGCGGUUUUACUUGAAAUAAAGUAUGACCUUCGACCAGGAAACAAUGAUCACGCAACAGCAACUGAAAACGGAUUGAAGGACCCAGUUCGUGUUAGAACUAAGGGUACGGGUCGGUGCAGUCAACCCGGUGCUUCUGCUGCCAAGAAGAAAAAAAAGUGCAGUUCUUGCGAGAAACUCGGGCACCGGAGGACUCGAUGCCCUAACGAGGUCACGCAAGCUGCGACAACAACUCAAAAUGCUAACAAAGGAGGACAGAAACGCAAGAGAGCAAAGGGUCAAGAAGGAGGUCAGGUAUUACGGACAGGGCAGAAUUCUACUGAACCCGCCAGACGAGUUCCGAAUCCUAUUUCUUUAGAAGAUGACUGAUGAUCCUUCUCGUACUCUCAUGCUGUGUUGGGUGGUUGAUUGAAACUUUGUGUCCAUUUACCAAGGAUGAGUAUAGGGUCUAGUCAUUUGAGAUGAUAUCUUCCACAAUCUUUGUAUUGGUAAUAAUAUAGGGAGUAGAAGGACAACGUUUAUUACAAGUCAUGAUUUUAAAGAAACUGUAUCAUUGCAUGUUUAGGCAAAAUUUAAUUCAUGGCUAACGCAGAAUCCCUUGUUAAAUGAUGUAUGAUUGCGCACGUCACGAAGUAGUGCUCUCUUUACUUUGGUUAACAUUGUUACAAAUUUAUCCCAUCCUCUGGCUGGGCUUUACUCC